UCCUGCUGCUGCCUCUCAACCGAAUGGGAUUCCAUGUAGUCUGCAGAUAGACUUAACUUUAUAAAGUUUUUUUUCUUUAUUUUUUCAUUGCGAUUAAAAUAUAUUUGUCAUCAUCAUUAUUAUUUUGCCUGCUGUCAAGUUAUUCUAAAAUUAGGAAGUAAUGAGCGUGGAUGCUUUGGGAAGCCCCGUGAUGGACCCUACGUUUUCCAAACGGAACACGGCGCUGAGAUUAGUUGACUUGGCAGGGGCUCACCACCAUCACCAUCAUCACCACCAUACCCCUCAGAGCGUGACAGGCUUCCCGGGGUUCAGCAGCCAUCCACACUCAAUGGCUCACUCGCACCCUGGGGAGAUUACUGCGGAACCCCGCCUGGGGCCGAGUCCAUUCGGGCCAGAACACAUGGGGCACUCCGCGGCCCUCAAAAUCAGCCCAGCCCAUCAUUAUCCCCACCACCAUCACCACCACCACAAUCAUCAUAUGGCAGGCCACAGUGAAGUGGUCUCCAGUCAAACGGGAGCUUUUGGCCCGGUUCAGGCGACAUCGGUCCCCUAUUCUAUGUCUCACACGGCCCAGGCUUUAUCUGCAGGUAGGGAUUUCCUCAUCCGGAGAGAUCUGACAGCUCAAGCCAUGCCAGUACUGACUGACCAGACUGCUGGUUCAGCCUCUCACCACGGAAUGUUUGUCUCAACAACAGGUAGCUAUCCCGGACACUAUGGUCAUCACCCUGACGCUGGGAACCAUACCCUCUUCUCCGGACUCCACCACGAGCAGCCUUCUAGCGGAUCACCGGGUGGCCAAACACUGAAUGGACAAAUAAGGUUAGGACUACCUGGAGAAAUGUAUGUUAGGUCUGAUCACUUGAGUCAAGUGGCAGGCUCCAGGGCUGAUCCGUUCUCUGCCUCGCCUUUGCAUGGCUACGGUGGUCUGAAUCUGAACAUGAAUCUUAGCGCUCACCACCACCACGGAGCCGGUGCCUUUUUCCGCUACAUGAGGCAGCCGAUAAAGCAAGAGCUGAUUUGCAAGUGGCUGGAGCCGGAGCACUCGCCGAAGAAACUUUGCUCCAAAACUUACAGCACCAUGCACGAACUCGUAACGCAUGUGACGGUAGAGCACGUUGGAGGACCAGAGCAAGCGAACCAUAUAUGUUUUUGGGAAGAGUGUCCCAGGGAAGGCAAACCGUUUAAAGCAAAAUACAAACUUGUAAAUCACAUUCGAGUGCACACCGGGGAGAAACCGUUUCCGUGUCCGUUCCCUGGUUGUGGGAAAGUGUUCGCAAGAUCCGAAAAUCUAAAGAUUCACAAAAGGACGCACACAGGUGAGAAACCCUUCAAAUGUGAAUUUGACGGCUGCGACAGACGCUUCGCCAACAGCAGUGACCGGAAAAAGCACUCGCACGUCCACACCAGCGAUAAGCCCUACAACUGCAAAGUGAGAGGCUGCGAUAAGUCCUACACACACCCCAGCUCCCUGAGGAAACACAUGAAGGUGCACUGCAAGUCCCCUCCGCCUAGCUCGGGCUAUGAGUCGUCCACUCCCUCCCUGGUCUCCCCUUCCUCAGACUUGGGCCGGGAACCAGGCGGCUCCUCGGUGUUGUCAGAGCCGGUGGGAGCCUCCCAGCCCGCGAAUUUAAGCGAGUGGUACGUCUGCCACAGCUCAGGUGCCAGCGGCGCCCAAACACCACCCAGCGGGCACUCUACACCGGACCCCGCAGACGAACCACCUUACAGAAACCCAGAACCGAGGGACGCUUUUUAACCCGGCUCAAGCUCACACACACACACACACACACACACACACACACACACACACACACA